UGUCUGCUGACACAUCUGUAACAUCUGUGGAUCCAUUGUUUAGCUCACGUCACCAGAGGGAGCACCUCUCUGUCAGUCUGUUUGAUCACCUCCAGCUAAGAUGCGUCUCUUUGUGUGUCACAGGUCGAAUCCCCUUUGAUGUGCUCUGUGAUUGACAGACUCCCACAUUUCAGCAUCACGAUCACGUGCUGUGUUCGGCCAAUCAGAGGCAGCAGAGGAGAGCAGCAGCGCUAUAAAUCCACCGUGGAGCAGAGGAGCAGCAGGAAUGAAAGACAAUAGAAACCUACACGACGACCACGCUGCUAGAGGCUCUUAUCACCUUUUGAUAUUUUCCUACACUUAACACAUAAGGUAAGGGCUGUGGGACGUUUACCUGUAUUCCUGAUACAGGUAUUGGCCAAGAAAAUGGCCACCUCAACAAGCUCUAAGCUGAACAAAGCUGUUAAGCAGCAGUACAUGGACCUUCCUCAGGGGGACAAGGUCCAAGCCAUGUACGUCUGGAUCGACGGUUCUGGAGAGGGACUGCGCUGCAAGACCAGAACUUUGGAUUUGGAGCCCAAGACGAUCGAGGAACUUCCUGAGUGGAACUUUGAUGGCUCCAGCACGUACCAGUCGGAGGGCUCCAACAGCGAUAUGUACCUGAUCCCAGCCGCCAUGUUCAGGGACCCGUUCAGAAAAGACCCCAACAAGCUGGUGCUCUGUGAGGUGCUCAAGUACAACCGCAAGCCAGCAGAGACCAAUCUGCGCCACACCUGUAAACGGAUCAUGAGCAUGGUGGAGAAUAACCACCCGUGGUUCGGUAUGGAGCAGGAGUACACUCUCCUGGGCACGGAUGGACAUCCCUUCGGCUGGCCUUCCAACGGCUUCCCGGGUCCACAAGGGCCUUAUUACUGUGCAGUGGGAGCAGAUAAGGCGUAUGGACGAGAUAUUGUGGAGGCGCAUUACAAAGCCUGUCUGUACGCUGGGGUUGACAUCUGUGGCACCAAUGCUGAAGUCAUGCCAGCUCAGUGGGAGUUCCAGGUUGGGCCUUGUGAAGGUAUCAACAUGGGCGACCAUCUGUGGGUUGCUCGCUUCAUACUUCACAGAGUGUGUGAGGAUUUCGGCGUGGUGGUCUCCUUUGACCCAAAACCGAUCACGGGGAACUGGAACGGCGCCGGCUGCCACACCAACUUCAGCACCAAGGAGAUGCGAGAGGACGGCGGACUGAAAAUCAUUGAGGAGUCGAUCGAGAGGCUGGCGAAGAGACACAUGUAUCACAUCCGGGCCUACGACCCCAAAGGCGGGCUCGACAACGCCAGGCGACUCACCGGCCGCCACGAAACCUCCAGCAUCGACGAGUUCUCGGCUGGCGUGGCCAAUCGCGGCGCCAGCAUCCGCAUCCCUCGCUCGGUAGGCCACGACAAGAAGGGCUACUUCGAGGACCGCCGUCCGUCCGCCAACUGCGACCCUUACAUCGUCACAGAGGCCAUGGUGCGCACGUGUUUACUCAAAGAAGAGGGAGAGGAGCCCACAGAUCACAGCAAAUGAACAGACCAAGUGUCAUUACCAGUGCUGUAUUUAGCCAUGUCAUACCAUUCUCCAUUUUUUCACUUGACAGGUGAAAUAAUAAUCAAGGUAUACCUGCAUUCUUUGUGCAUUCAGUUGUAUGCAGCAAGUCUUCACCGCUGACAACACGUUAUGCCAUGGCUGAUAUCUUGUAUAGAUAUUAACUUGUACUAAUGAAAUCUAUAACAGCAGCAGGGUUUUUCUGCAGAUCUUGCAGAAAAAACUCUGACCCAAAGGAUCCUAAAGGCAUUUGAAUGUUUUUAGCAGUCUUGGCAUCUGUCACAAUGGUGGUUUUAUCAUGUUGUGUACAGAUAAAGUCAAAUGUAAGUCAAUCUACUUUUGUAUGUUUAUUUUUAACAAUCCAUGUGUGUUUUUUCAUGUGCCACUGUCAAAAGAAUAAACCGCUAACAUUUUUAGAUCUGACUUUUAACUCAAGUUUAUUCCUGCAUGUAUCCUGUUUGCCUCAAGUUAAAUUCGGACAUGUCUGUUUGUCACAUGCAGACUGUCAGCUGAUUUGAAUCUCUGAAAUGUGACCGGCGUUAAGGGAAAAUGUGCUGUACUGUUAAACAAAUGGUAUUUAGUUAAGGCACGGGAACAUUCACAUCCUUCCAAUUACGCUUAACAGCGUAACAGACCAAGUUGGUGCCUUCAAUAGAAAGUCAACAUGACGUCAAACCUUUAAAAGAGUUUUCACAGGAUUAUCAUUGACUGAAGGUGUUGACAGCGUGCACGUGAGCCCAGUGACUUUUCUGACUCUUCUAUGUCGCAGGUCAAUGCAAACAUGCAAAAGACAUAAGUGAGCUGUCUUUCUGGUGUUUUGAUACGAGCCUCCAUAACCUAUGCACUAGUUCUUCAAGUAGUCCAGGAAAGUAAAGACAGGAAGGGGAGUUCCUUCCAAAAAUACCUGAAAAUCCAUCGUAAACGUUUUGAGCAGUUGCCCACUUUCCUGCAUUACAAACCGUAUCACAUUAGCUACUUAAACAUAUUUAGGUAACUCAUAUAAUAUGGUAAUUAGAGUACACGGUCUUACAGUUAAAUAAGAAAAACUGAUUAUUAAAACUUCAUGCAAGGUUGCCUAUUAACCGUCAUCAUCACAUCAAAGGCAUAUGCAUGAUGUACUGUAUGCUCCUUUAAAACUCUUCACCAUGUUGUUUAUUUGUAACUUACAGUGUCUGAUUAAAAAAAAUUUUUUUGGAUGACAAUAUUUCUUUUCAUUUGAUAGCCGACAGAAAGUUUCUCAACUUUAAGGUACGCCCACUACUUUUUGUUCUGCAUGUUAUAAAUUAU